AUGGCCACAUUGAGUAACGCACAAGUAUUAUCUACCACCAAGCCAACUUGUCCUCGUUGUCACCGUAACGAUAGAGCGUAUAAUGAUGGUGCUAUCGGUUCAGCUGCUGCUGCAGCUGCUAAAUUCUCUUAUCAUCGUUUUAAUCAUGGUGCUCUUCGCGAUCCUGAAAUUCGCAAUUCAGAUCGUUAUCUUGCUGCCUCUUGUGGUGGUUCUAAUGGUGGUUCUCGUGUUGUUCUCAAUGCUACUGAUUUUCUCGAUGCUUAUCUUGAUGCUGCUUCUGCUACCUAUUAUGGUUGUCGUCAGGAUCAUCAUGCUGGUGAUGGUUCUCUUGGCUAUAUUGGCAAAAAAACACGUUAUUGUUAUUUUAAGAUACCUAUUGAUUCAGCUAUAUACGUUUGUGAUUAUAAGCAUUAA